GCUUCUCCAGGUGAAUGAAUCCAUCAAUCGAUCGAUUGGCAUCAUGGUGAUCAAGUGUUGUGCCUAUGGUUGCCGCAGCGGUUAUAGUUCUAAGACGGUCGGAUGCUCAUCCUCUCUGAUUGGAUCAUCAUCAUCCCUACCUUUGAUGAAUGACGCCAAAGACCCCGAGCCUCCCGAAGGUCCCUUAGUUAGUUUUCACUCGUUCCCAAAGUUUGAGGCUGUCCGGCUCAAGUGGAUUCGUGCGGUGUCAAGACAGAACUAGGCUCCAAGUGCUCAUUCCAAAGUAUGCUCAAAAAAUUUCAAAGAUGACGAUUUUCAAACAGAGAGGAUUGACCAGGAUAAGUGGCGGAUGAAAAAGAAGGCAGUCAAUAACUCGUUGGCAUUGAAGAAUCGCCGAUUAAAACCAACCGCAGUGCCAUCCGUAUUUACAAACCGUCCAGUCUCCAUGCGUGCAAAUUUACCAAGUUCAAGAUAUACUAAAGUUUCCAUGACUCAGAGGUUUCGAAAGGAACAAGAACGCCAUGAUGAGUUGGUUAAAGGCUAUCUGGAGCAAAGAAAGGUUCAAGACUUCAAUUUUCUAGUCACUCAAAUUUCAGCAGAAAAAAUGCCCGCUAAGUUCAACCUUCUUACCCAUGAAGAUUAUCUUCUCUUCAUCUCCGUGGUAUUUGAUCAUAAUAAUGGACCUCGAAUCGAAUCUAGCUUUCAAAUUCAACCGGACCUUUCGUUUGCAUUGUUCUGUCAUGAAGCCAAGGUUUCCAGAAAUGAUGUCAAUCAUAUCUCUGCAGACGGAAAAAUCCAUUACGUUGAUGAUGUCCCAAAUAUCCUGGCUUUCCUAGCAGGUUAUGCUGCAACCAAAAAAAGUAAGCUCUUGAGCGUGGAGCAUAGAGUUGAGGAUAUUUGCAAGUUCGUGGAAACUCAAGACGAUCUCGUCGUAUCUCAGGGUAGUUUCAAUUUUUCAACAGAACAACUCAAACUUUCGUUCAAAAGUCCAAAUCAAAGACGAUACUCGCCAACCUUGCUCGCUGCUGCCUUAUUAUGGCAAAAUACCAGCCCUGCCCUGUACAAGCUUUUGUCUACCGUUGACCAAAGUGUGUGCCUUCCUUCAGUAAGACACCUCCAGCGAUUUGGACAGAACCUUUCGGUUGAGACUGGAAUCUCGCCAUCAACUGUCGAAUACUUGAAGAGCAGACUUUCAUCCUUGAAUGAACGUGAGAAAAUUCUCAGCGUCAUAUUCGACGAAGUUUACAGUUCUAGACGCUGUGAAUAUUCAAACGGCCAUUUCUAUGGCUAUUAUGAAGAACAUGCACAUCUAAGACCGUUUUGUGCUUUAUGUUGACUGGAGUUGCUUCGUCUUAUCGAGACAUUGUGUGUAUGGUUCCUCUGUCGAAAAUCAACCACAAAAUCAUCGGCCAGUGGUGGUGGAAAGUUGUUGAGGCAGUGACAGCCAUUGGAUUUCGCAUCGUUGCAUCAAUUUCUGACGGACAUUCAUCAAAUAAAAAGUUUUUCACCGAUGGGUUAAACUGUGGCGAGAAUUCAAGCUUUGUUAGGAAUCCAUUUGCUGAAGCGCCAAAUGACAAAAUAUUUCCCUUCUUUGAUACAAUUCACAUCAUUAAAGGACUUUAUACAAACCUCCUGAACAAGGGAGAAUUCGAGUGCCCAGCUUUUCAAGACCGAUGUGUUAACCCGAAGACGUCCCAUUUCUGUGAACUAUACAAAAGUGAACUUGGGGCUCCAAAUCGUUAUGCACCAAAGCUAAGCCAUAAAGUUCUUUUCCCAUUACCAAUUGAACGAACCAAUGUCAACUUGGCUGUCAAAUUCUUCCAUGAAUCGACUGAGGCAGCUUUGAAACACUUCUCUCUGGCCAAGGGACAAUUGGAAUGGGCCAUGUCAUCAGCUUUUGUUAAUAUUGUUCGUCGCUUCUUCAACUGUAUUAAUGUGUAAAGCUCCCACUUUGAGAGCCGAAAGCGUGAUGGAAGCCGAAAAGCCGUGUACAGGGAUGAUCAAAGCCAACUUGAAUUUCUCCGUGAUUUCUUGCAGUGGAUUGAAGAUUGUAUGAAAAUGAAAACAAAGAAGAAAUUGUCAUCAGAAACUUUCUUCACAUUGCGCUUCACCGUCAGAGGCCUAAUAGAACUCUCCAAUUACAUUUUCAACACAACCGACUUGGAUUUCAUCCUCUUGGGAAAGAUAAACGGGGAUCCAAUUGAACGGCGAUUUGGCAUAUAUCGGCAAUUAUCUGGCGCCAAUUUCUUCGUCUCUUUAAAACAGUUCUUGGAAAGCGAGAAGAAAUUGAGAAUCUGCUCUCCCAUCCGUUUUGACAACUUGAGUGUACAAGACUUGAGGAAACUGUGUUCUGAUCGCAACAAAUCUACUAUGGAAGAAGCCAAUAGACAAUGUACCAAGCUUAUGUCACUUUUGGAUGAACCCGAUUGUGAUGCCGCUCAUGAUCUCUCAUCGCUAACUGAAAUCAAAAGUGUUGUCUAUCAUUGCUCUGGAUACAUAGCGCGAAGUUUGCAGAGACUAAACAAAUGUGAUCAUUGCAAAGAACUUUUAAUAGACAGCGAAAGGGAUGAAUUUGAAAUUGAAGAUAAGGUGUUGAAGGAUCGUUCAGUUGCGUCGUUCUUGCAAUUAUUAAAUCGAGGUGGACUAAUCUGCCCUUCAGAAUUGGUAUUUCUAACCACCCUCUUUGUAAUCAAGUUACGCAAUGAAAUCUUCAACACUGAAACGGUUAAGAAGGUUCUCAUGGAUUGUACGGAUCCAUUGACGGUUUUUGUGCUGUGUUUUGAAAGAAGACUUUAUGCCUCAACUCGGAUGCACGAAAUUCUGAACCAAUUUUGUGCCGAGGAACAUUCUUUUUUGUCGUUUGUAAAGAGCAUUGCUGAGAUGACAUUUCAUUUCACUGGUAAAAACUUUGCCUCCGAUAUCAAUGACAAUGUUCACGAGAAUAGAAAACGGGGCAGUCGUCCUCAAACUUCACCAGCCGAACGAAAAAUCAAGAAGCUGUCUAGCAACUAAUAUUACUUAUACCCAUGAAUGAGCAUUUUGAGCCCAAACCUAAAAAUAUACCACACGAAUCUUUCUCUUUAA